UGUCUCUUUAAGACAACGAUAGCUGUGUCUGAUUAAUUCAAUGUAACUAGAGAUGCAUUGGAGAAACCCACUUUCCGCUAUUAAGGUGGAUGUACCAGCUACAGAUGGAGUGUGAAUAAACUGUACAUUUCUUUCCUAAUUGGUCGUUAUAAUCGGAUAAUCCAAUUGGCCGUUAACAUAUAAAGUUAUCCAGUGAUACCUUUACUAUAGGCCACGGAUGUGGAGAUAAAAAAAAUAAAAAAUUGCUGGAAAUUGAAGUCUCAAUAAUUUCACAUUUCCCUUAGAGGAUUUACCAGAAGUCGUAUUGCAGAAAUAAGAAUAUUUACAUUAAAUUGUUUGGAGGGGAGUUUUAUUCUGACUGCACGAAAUGUCGGAAAAACACGGAGGUUACCAAGGUCUGGAGGACACCAAUCGCCAGGCCAUGUCCCAACCCAUGCAGCAAAUGCAGCCCCCUCCAUACCUCCCCUCCCAGGAUCUUAACAUGGGCCAACAACACUCCAACAUGCAACACUCCAACAUGCAACACUCCAACAUGCAGCACCCCAGCAUGGCCCCUCAGACCGGCUGUGGCCCCCAGCCCAACUACCCCCCUCCACCCCCGCCCCCUGGCUCCGAUGGCUACCAGGAGACUCAGUUCCACAAUGGCUCCUACGGACACCCAGGGGCCCCACAGGGCUACACAGUCCAGACCCAGGGCCCGGGAGGGGGGGUCCCACAUGCCCCUGUGGGGUACUUUCAACCAGGAUACCCUCUCCAGCUGCAGCCCUGCACAGCCUACGUUCCUGUCUACCCCGUGGCGUCGGGGCAGCCCUACCAGGGGAUGCCCCAGGGCCAGAUGGGCAUGCAGAUGCCCCAUGGCAUCGCCCUGAUGGAGCCACGGCGCCCGCCUCACGACUACCUGCCAAUCGCUGUGCUCACCACCGUUUGCUGCUUCUGGCCAACAGGAAUCAUAGCCAUCAUCAAGGCAGUACAGGUGCGUACGGCGGUGGCCAGGGGGGACAUGGUGAUGGCAGAGAUAGCGUCCCGCGAGGCGCGUAACUUCUCCUUCAUCAGCCUGGCGGUGGGCAUUGCCUCCAUCGUUCUGUGUACCAUCCUCACCGUGGUAGUCAUCAUUGCCUCCCAACACCAUGACGACGACUGGGAACCCUAAUACAUAACUCAGUGUGGCAUCAUGGGAUAUGUAGUUUUGGGUGGAGAUAGAAGAAUAAGGGCACUGAAAUGCACACUCUGAUACUGGUAUGUUAUAUUGGAAGUAUAUAUGUGUAUAUAUGCACCCUGUGUACUGUAUAUACAGUUCUGACCUACUGACUACUUACAGGCUGAGAAACAAUCACAGCUAAUAUUCAAAUGCCAAAACAAAUAGGUGCCCAUUAUGGGCCAGUAUUACUUACCACUGUAACCAUUUAUAUUCAGAUAUAAUAGUACUCCAUAGCGCUUAUGGGGGAAAACAGAGUACAUACACAGAGGAAUUGAAUGGCAAUUCCACCACUUUUCAACCUAAUUUUCAUGAUCUCCUGUAACAAUACUAGUGUCAUAUGUGAAAAGAGCACCUGACGUCAUCAAAAGUUAAAACAUUGAAACAGUGAUUUUCAAACACUAUCAGAUUCUCAGUGAUGUGGGGAGUAUGAAAAUAUUCUCCAUCUGGCUAGAAACUCAUUGCAGUUUACUUUUAAUCCUAGCUUGUGAUGUUCCAGAAAAGCAUGUUUUUAGGACUAUUCUUCUUCUUUUUUUAACCACAGAUCAUAGAAAUGCAGUAUUUUCACAUAUAUAGAUACUGGUAUGAUGCUGGAGAUAAUGAAAAUGAGGUUGAAAAGUGGUGGAAUUGCCUUUUAACUAUGAAUUAUUUAUGAAUUACUGAUUAAUUUAUGGUCCCCUCGAACCUAGGUAGACUAAACCAUGGUCACACUGUAUCACAAAACUGCCAAAUAGAUCACAAAUCAUAGCUGAAAUGACUUCCCUAUAUAAUUAGUAUUUUAUGAAGAGAUUGUUUUGAAUUACUUCAAAAAUAAAUACUUUUAUUGAAUUGUUUUUGUAGUCAUGUAUAGUUUUUGAUUUAUUAUGAUUUUCAGAAACAUGCGCCAUCUAGUGAAAGUAUAUUUUAUAUUUAUUUAAAGGAUAGAAUAAAUUACAGUAUAACAGACUGCCAAACAUUGCCAUUCAUUUUAUACACAAUCAAAUGGAAAGUAAAUCAAGUCAUGAUAUAGUUGACUAAUUAUGAGAUCAAACUAUGAAUAAGAUGAAAAAAUAUUGAGAUUUUUCUUUUGAGAUGAAUGACAUCUCUAUUUAAAGUUGUGUUGAUGGAGAGAAACUUGGUUGUUGACAAAAUGUUUGUUGCAUAAGACUAUUUAAUACUUGUUCACUUUAUUUAUGUAUGUAUUAAUAUAUUUUGUAGCAUAAGACUGUAUAAUACUUGUUCACUUUAUUUAUUUCUGUAUGUAUUUAUCUAUAUUAUAAUUUAUUCAUUUGUUUAUUUAUAUAAUAUAUUUUUUCAUAGCUUUUUUGAAUGUCACCCUGUUUAAAAUGUUUACCUUUAUUUAACUAGGCAAGUCAGUUAAGAACAAAUUCUUAUUUUCAAUAACGGUCUAGGAACAGUGGGUUAACUGCCUUGUUCAGGGGCAGAACAAUAGAUUUUUACCUUGUCAGCUCGGGAAUUUGAUCUUGCAACCUUUCGGAUACUAGUCCAACGCUCUAACCACUAGGCUACCUGCCGACCAUUAUGUUUUAGUUGAAAUCAAUAUUUUCUUGUACCCAUAUUAGCCUACAAACCUUGAAACUAGAGGAAAUUGGAUGAUGUUUGGGAUGAUUUGCACUUCCAGUAGGCUUAGAAUUGCUUUCUACUAGGUUUUUAUACAAUUCAAUAGAAAAGGGUAGAAUUAUAGAAAUGGACACAUUUAAAACAACAAUUGCUUGCCUGAUUAAAGUGGUUGACCCAUUUUCUAAUGUCACAGACGUAAAGUAUUGCAGUACUAAGACAAAAAGCAACACAUUAAUGGAAAGUGCUUGGACGGACGCAAUAUUAAAAAGGGUAUGUAAUUAUACAUAGGGCUAGUGAGGUGUACAUUUGAGAAAUUGCUGCUUUUGCAAAUAAUGUUUUGCAAAUAUUGAAUACGGUCAUAUUUGGCAGUACAAGAGUAUUAUCUUAGUUAAUAGUUUCUCAGUGUAAAAAGGUUGUAGGCAAAGGACUUAUAGGAUACAGACAAAAACUCUGUUGUGCACGCCAUUGUGAACCAUUAUUACAAUUCUCUCAGCUAAACGCCUCCCUAAUUUCCUUCGCUGAUAAUAUGGGUUGCGUCAAACACAUUUGGUCUCUAAUCUAGCCUAUCACGUUAUGAGGUGUGUUGCCCCAUGUUAUAGAGAGCCAAGAGGGCUGUUGUGGGACAGUACGCGCUGAAAUGACCUGAGCCGGAAUCAGUGGAGCAGAAAUACUGAUGGUGGCUCUGAAAACGAAUGUCUCUGAGGAGAGAGAGAGAAAAAAAUCAAUGCCUAAUAUAUAUUGUGGCAUUUUCCUCUCCUCGACUUGUUUCUAUUACCCCAAGCCCCCUCUCUCUCUCUGUUUCUCUUUCUGCUGUCCAUUGCAAAAUUGGGACUGUAAUUCUCAACAUAUCUCUAAUCUGCUUGUCCUUUAUCUUCUGUUUUCAAUUCCUAUGAUAAUGCUUUUUUUUUUUUUUUUUAAGAAAAUGAAGUUGGUCAGAAGUAUUGAGAAUGUAUUGUUUCUUGUGAAGGACCAUGAUAACUUAUUUGAAUAUUGUAUUAUGGUGUUUGAAGUUUAAUUCUGAAAGUAUUAUUACUAUGGCUAUUAUGAUUCUGUUACGUGGUAAUCACUUUUGCAUUUGAUUAUCACUGCUGUAUUUAUAAUGUACAUUGUAUUUGGAGAAUACUGUAUGUUCUGAAUCUGAUAACAUGGUAUUCUAGAAAUAUGUUAAGAGAGCAAAGUAAGCACAGUAUUGUGACUCGUAGUGCUGUUACUCACCUCUAUACAAGAGAAGUAUUGGUAUAGAACGUGUGUAUGCUUUUUAGACUCCCUCCUAGCAUAUCUAGUUGUGUUUAGAUCUACACUGUGCUCUUCCCACAUACUUGCUUUCUAAGGCAUUUCUAUGUCAUUGUUGAUGACAGGCUGGGCAAAUGCUACUGCUUCUUUGCGGUAUUGAUACCUUUUCUCUGAGCAUGUAAAUGUAAUGGAUUGGCGUGUUCAAAGUGGCUGGCGAAUCACAGUGAACAUGAACUUCUCUUGGGGUUCAUUUCAGUUCAUGAAUGUUACACAUGCAUUUGUUGUGUAUGAAUUCAAUUGUUUGAAUAAAAUACGAUUUACUGGGUUGAGCAAGACCGAGUAACAGUGAUGUGUACUCUA